AUGCUCAUGUCGUACCGAGUGAACCGCGCAUGUAGUACGCCGAGAUUAGUGGUGUCCGCCAUCGUGACUGCACUUCUAUUCCUGUAUUUUGUCACCGUCUGGGGAAACGACAGAUCAUGGCAUCAGGGACAGCGAGCUGGGAUUCCAACAACAGAGGAACAGCGCCAUGAGCUUGGAGGUGUGGAGGAUCUCUGGAGGAAGCAGCAAGAGAAGUUGGAGCAGCAGCAGAAAGAGGCGACCGGACAGUCAGGGACGGCAGCGGUUGCAGCAGAAGCUGUUCAGACACCGGACACAGAAGCAUUAUCGACUGAGAGUGAUGGCAAAGUUCGGCUGGAUGCGCACAGACUGUCGAAUCCAGAUGCUUUCCGUGCUCACUUCGAUGCCGUGAUCAAAGCUCCCCGCGUGACAUGGCAGCAAGCAAAAGAUGCGUGCCACUUCGCCGACCCUGGCAACGUGAACUUCCAGUUUGGCGAUGGCGAAGGAGGAUUCAUGCUCAAUAGUUCCUGGACGCUGCGGCCUUGGCCCCAAGAGGACCACGAUGAACAGAGAGCAAUCUGGCAGAAAUUCGUUAUGAAAGGUCUGAUACCGUGGAAAGAUCAUGGCCACAGAUUCGAGGGCCGCGGGAUUGUUAUUGUUGGCGGUUCUGGAAGGAGUGUCAAACGGAUAAUGGUCAUGAUGAGACAGCUUGCGAAGCUGGGCUCUAAGCUACCCAUCGAAAUACACUACUGGGGGAAAGAGAUGGACGACGAUAAGCGGAAGAAGUUGACUAACUUGUGGCCACUGCUGUACUUCAACGACUUGUCGUCGCAAUCGAACAUCUAUCGUACCAUGUACGACGACACUCCUGGAAGAGGAAUCCACUACAACCUCAAGACUGCAGCUCUGAUAAACUCCCGCUUUGCUGAGCCAUUGCUUUUAGACUCAGACAACAUACCUAUUAUAGCUCCAGAAUCGCUGUGGGAGUCGGAUGAGUACCGAGAAUAUGGCACGAUCUUCUGGCCCGACAUAGCAAGGACUCGAGCCGACAAUCCAAUAUGGUCAAUCACGAACACCCUAUGCCGUCCAGAUGAGUUCGAGCAGGAAAGUGGCCAACUGCUUGUCAACAAGUCGAAGUUCUUCUACCACCUGCAACUUGCGGCAUGGCUCAACGCACCUCGCCUUGAUGCUAACGGCAGAUAUGCAGAAAGCUUUUACUACAAUAUCCUACUGGGAGACAAAGACACGUUCCGCUUUGCAUGGCAUGCUCUAAAAACGACAUACGGCAGACCAAGAAACGCCAUCACCAGCGUCGGGACGUUGAGCAAGGAGUCGGAAACAUCAAGCUUCUACUGCGGUCACAGCUUCCUGCAAUACCAUCCCGACGGAAGACCUCAGUUCAUGCAUGGUGGUCUACUCAAAACCAUGCAGAAACCAGUCAUGAAGUGGCAGCGCGAGCAGAAUGGCGGCAUAUUCCAGGUGUACAAGAAGUAUGAGUACGAUACCGACCACAGCAAACCUUUCCAGGUCUACAUUGGUGGUGAUGAGAUGAAGUACUUCCCGGAUAAGGCGAAGUACAAGAUGGGGCCUACCUUUUGCACUCAAUAUCCGACCAUUGACGCGAAGCCGUUGGAAGAGCUCGUGCCUGGGUUCGAGAAGGCUUUUGAUGAAAGUGGUGGAUAUUGGAUGUUGGAUGAGCCGGAGAAGGCAGGCUGA